CGCGUGGUGCCGUGGAGGAGUAUUUUGUCGCCAAAAACGAACCUCGCCACUCUCUCUCUCUCUGACUUUGAUCGAAGACGUUCAAAACCAGCCAUCCCUCCAUAAGAUUUGUUCUUUUUGUUUAUUCUUCCAUAAUUCAAUACCACUUUCCAUUUUCUUUCGGAUCAAAAAGUGGUUGAAAUCAGAGAGCCUUUUUCUUCGCGAUUGAAUAAAUAAAAAAUGGCUUCGGAACAGUUAAUGACCGGUUCCGGGACCCGGUACGUACAAAUGCAAUCAGACCCGUCGCCGUCUUUAACGCCGUCCUUCUACUCAUUCCGUCAAAGCUCCGCCGAUUUCACUCGGAUUUUCGACGAUUUGCCAGAGGCCACCAUCGUCUCCGUCUCUCGCCCCGACGCCGGCGAUAUCAGCCCCGUGCUCCUCACUUAUACCAUCGAGUUCCAAUACAAACAGUUCAAGUGGCGCCUAGUAAAGAAGGCUUCACAUGUUUUCUAUUUGCACUUCAAUUUGAAGAAACGUGUCUUCAUCGAGGAAAUUCAUGAGAAGCAGGAGCAGGUUAAAGAAUGGCUUCAAAAUCUAGGAAUAGUAGAUCAAGCAGCCAUGGUGCAAGAUGAUGAUGAACAUGAUGAUGAGGCCAUUCCCCUAAAUCAUGAUGAAAGUUCCAAAAACAGAGAUGUUCCAUCUAGUGCUGCUCUGCCGAUUAUUACACCAGCCCUGGGAAGGCAACAGUCCAUAUCAGAUAGAGGAAAGGUUGCAAUGCAGGGGUAUUUAAAUCACUUUCUUGGGAACCUUGAUAUCGUCAACUCCCGAGAGGUUUGCAGGUUUCUGGAGGUUUCAAAGUUAUCAUUCUCUCCAGAAUAUGGUCCUAAGCUGAAGGAAGAUUAUGUGAUGGUGAAGCAUCUACCAAAAAUUUUAAAGGGCGACGAUGAGAGGAAAUGUUGUCCUUGUCAUUGGUUCAAUUGUUGCAAUGACAAUUGGCAAAAGGUUUGGGCUGUGCUAAAACCUGGAUUCUUGGCAUUGCUGGAGGAUCCUUUUGAUACCCAACCCCUAGAUAUAAUUGUCUUUGAUGUACUACCUGCCUCAGAUGGGAAUGGAGAGGGUCAAGUAUCGCUAGCAAAAGAAAUAAAGGAACAGAAUCCCUUACGCCAUGCUUUUAAGGUGACUUGUGGAAAUAGGAGCAUUAGGAUAAGAGCUAAGAGUAGUGCUAAAGUUAAAGAUUGGGUUGCUGCAGUCAAUGAUGCUGGACUAAGGCCUCCUGAAGGCUGGUGUCACCCUCACCGCUUUGGCUCUUUUGCUCCUCCAAGGGGUUUGACUGAAGAUGGUAGUCAGGCUCAAUGGUUUGUAGAUGGUCGAGCUGCAUUUGAAGCUAUUGCUUCUUCUAUUGAGGAUGCAAAAUCCGAGAUAUUUAUUUGUGGCUGGUGGUUGUGCCCAGAACUGUAUCUACGACGUCCUUUUGAUGCUCAUGUCUCAUCCAGGCUCGAUGAUUUGCUGGAAGCAAAAGCUAAGCAAGGGGUUCAGAUUUAUAUUCUUCUCUACAAAGAGGUUGCCCUUGCUUUGAAAAUCAAUAGCGACUAUAGCAAGAGAAAGCUUCUUAGCAUCCAUGAGAAUGUGAGGGUACUACGUUAUCCUGACCACUUCUCUUCUGGUGUUUACUUAUGGUCCCACCAUGAAAAGCUUGUCAUUAUAGAUUAUCAAAUAUGCUUCAUCGGAGGACUGGAUUUAUGCUUUGGUCGUUAUGACACAUAUGAACACAAAGUGGGCGAUUGCCCUCCUUUGAUAUGGCCUGGAAAGGACUACUAUAACCCAAGGGAAUCUGAACCAAAUUCAUGGGAAGACACUAUGAAAGAUGAGGUGGAUCGUGGAAAAUAUCCUCGUAUGCCUUGGCAUGAUGUUCAUUGCGCUCUUUGGGGACCAUCAUGUCGUGACAUUGCUAGGCACUUUGUUCAGCGCUGGAACUAUGCAAAGAGAAAUAAAGCUCCAAAUGAGCAAGCAAUCCCACUACUAAUGCCUCAACAACACAUGGUUAUUCCACAUUACAUGGGAAAAAGCAGAGUGAUGGAGGUUGAAAGUAAAAAUGUUCAAAAUCAUAGCAACCUUAGAAGACAGGAUUCCUUUUCUGCGAGAUCGUCACUACAAGAUAUCCCACUUCUCUUGCCUCAAGAAGCUGAUGGGCUUGAUGCUCCUAGUGGAGAACCAAAAUUAAAUAGGUUGGACCUCACUAAUCUCGAUCAGCCAAGCAAAGUUAGCAGUGGUCUUUCUUUCUCUUUCCGGAAGUCCAAAACUGAAGCAAUAGGUCCGGAUACACCAUUGAAGGGCUUUGUAGAUAACUUUGAGUCCUUGGAUCAUCAUGGGAAACUGCUUUCAGAUAGGGUGGCACAGCCCGGCAUGAAAAGUUCAGAUCUAGAUUGGUGGGAAACUCAAGAACGGGGUGAUCAGGGUGGAUUUGCUGAUGAAUCCGGUCAAGUUGGUCCUCGUGUUUCAUGCCGCUGUCAGGUCAUUAGAAGUGUCAGCCAGUGGUCUGCUGGAACAAGCCAAACUGAAGAGAGCAUUCAUGGUGCUUAUCGCUCUCUAAUUGAGAAAGCAGAACACUUUAUCUACAUUGAGAACCAAUUUUUUAUAUCAGGCCUCUCUGGAGAUGAGACAAUACGCAAUCGUGUGUUAGAAGCAUUAUUUCGGCGAAUUAUGCGAGCAUACAACGAUAAGAAGCUUUUUAGGGUUAUAAUUGUUAUACCACUACUACCAGGUUUCCAGGGGGGUGUGGAUGAUGGAGGUGCAGCAUCUGUGAGAGCCAUAAUGCAUUGGCAAUAUCGAACUAUUUGCAGAGGACAUAAUUCGAUAUUGCAUAAUCUCUAUGAACUUCUUGGUCCUAAAACACAUGAUUACAUUUCUUUCUAUGGCCUUAGAGCUUAUGGAAAACUUUCUGCGGGUGGUCCUGUGGCCUCCAGUCAGGUGUAUGUGCAUAGUAAAGUUAUGAUUGCUGAUGAUUGCAUAGCACUGAUUGGAUCAGCUAAUAUUAAUGAUAGGAGUUUGCUUGGUUCAAGAGAUUCAGAGAUUGGUGUUCUUAUUGAGGACAAAGAGGCAGUCAAUUCAUUCAUGGGAGGAAAACCAUGGAAGGCUGGAAAAUUCUCUCUUACGCUUCGUUUGUCACUGUGGUCUGAACAUCUUGGCCUUCGCUCAGGAGAGAUUGAUCAAAUAACUGACCCCGUAGCUGAUUCAACUUACAAGGAUAUUUGGAUGGCAACUGCAAAGACAAAUACUGCAAUUUAUCAAGAUGUCUUCUCUUGCAUACCUAACGAUCUUAUACAUACAAGAGCUGCACUUAGACAAACCAUGGCCCUUUCGAAGGAGAGACUCGGCCAUUCUACUAUUGAUUUAGGAAUAGCCCCAGAGAAGUUAGAAUCGUAUCAUAAUGGAGAUGUCGAGAAAACCGAUCCCAUGGAGAGAUUAGCGGCUGUGAGGGGGCACCUCGUUUCGUUCCCCCUCGAUUUCAUGUGCAAAGAAGAUUUAAGACCUGUGUUCAACGAGAGUGAGUAUUAUGCGUCUUCUCAAGUUUUUCAUUAGGUAUAACUUGCAGAUUAGUGAAGAUCCCUGCCAUUUUUCCCCCCUUGGAAGGGAGGAUCGCAAUGUUGUAUACUAAUCUAAUUAUUUAUAUUCA